AUGCGAAGUGAGCAGGAGCAGAAGCAAAGCUGGAUUGAUCAGUACAAUCAACUGGCUAGCUGGGCGCAAGAAGUCCAAGCGCAAAUGCAACACAAAGAUUCAAAAAUUUCUGAACUUGCGGAUGAGCUUCAAAGCCGAUCUACAUCGAGAAACACAUCGAUUCAAAUGGACUCUGCCUCAGCCGCGGAGCUAGAAGAACAACUCACUGGAACAAGACGAGAUAUCGAAGGCUUCCGAAAACUUCUUGACAUGGCGAAAGAGCGCGAAGGAAACCUCAAAAACGAGCUAAACAAACUUGUCGAAAAACUUGAAGAUGCAGAGGAAAAGAUCUCAAACAUGGAGGAAAUUAAAAAUGAACUUGCUCAACGAAAAGAAGAAAUUAACGACUUGAAUCAUCAAAAAAUGAUUCUCGAGGGAAUCUUGAAAAAUGAACAGGCUGAGAUUGAACGCUCGAACGAGCAGUUACUUGAGCUCAACGAAGAAAUUGAAGAUUAUCAAAGAAAGGUUGAGCAAUUAGAAGCCGAUCGCGCUGUUUUGACGCAAGAAAACGAUCAUCACUCUGACAACGUUCUUGAAAUCAACGGAAAACUCGAAGAAAUGAAUGCUACUGUAGCUCGAUUGCGAGAACUACUGGAGCAAGCGCAAGACGAAGCGAAUUUGUUCAAACGCAAAUCUCAAGAAUACGAAGAGGAAUAUGAAAUCGCUACUCAGAAAUUGAAAGAAAUUGAAACGGAAAAGGCCGAAAAACACAACCAAAUCGGUCAAUUAAUUCAAGCAUUGAAAGCAUCACAGACUGAAGUGUCCCAAGCCAAAGACAAUGAGCGCCUUCAUUCGGAAAAGAUCUCAGUCCUGUCUUCCGAGAUCACAGAACUGCGCCAACAAUUAGCUUCGUUGGAGGAAGAACUCAAGCAGAAGCAAAAUCUGCUUUCGGAGGCAAAACAUCAAUGCCAGAUAAAAGACGAUCUUCUUCAAAGUUCUUCGUCUCAAAUCAGUUCCGAGAGAGAAGACCGUCUUAAGCUCUCUGUCGCUCAAGCCCACGCUGAAGAGCGGGUUAAAACGCUGACGGAAGAAAUUGACGAUCUUCAAGGAAAACUUACAGAAGUAGGCGAAGCACUCGUUCAGUCAAAUCUUGAAGUUUCAAGGCUGCUGCAGGAGAAUAUCAGGGUGAAAGAAGAGUCCGCGCGAGAGCUUCAACAAAGCGAUAAAAAUGCUCAAGUGAGACUUGAAUCUUUGAAGAAAGAGUUGGAAUUAGCAAGAGAUCAGCUAGAGCAAUUACAAAAGAUGUCAGCGAAAGAAAAGAGUAAUCAAAAUAACGAAUUACAAUCGCUUCAAGGGGAAAUUGCUACGAGAGAAGCGCAGUUUGAAUUUGAAAAGAAACAAGCUAAAAUUGAGUUUGAGUCUGAAAUUCAAAAGUUGACCCUGCAAAUUUCAAACCUGCAAUCUCAAAGAGAAAAUUUCGAAGCCUCGAUUGCCCGUUCUUCCGAGAAAAUCGAGAGCUUGGAACUUCUCCUUAGUCAGCAUGCGAGAUCAUUAGAGGACCAACAAAUCGAUUCUUCGUCACAAAUUGAAAAAAUAACUCUCAAGCUCAGUCAAAAGUCAGCUGAAAUGGCUGAACUAGAGGAAAAUCACGUCCAAGUAAAGAACAAGUCGAAGAAACUGUUGCUUUCUCAAAAACAGCUUUUGACCGAAAACAAGCAAUUGAAGGACAAAGUCAGUUCACUUACAAAAAUGCAGCAAGACUCGAUCGCCGCCUCAUCUUCAGUGAAUGAGGAAAAAAGCGCUUUGCUAUCUCAAAACAGCGAGUAUAGCGAAGUGAUCAGAAGCCAAACCGAGCAACUGGCGGCAUUAUCGACCCAAUAUACCGAAAUGGAAUCGUCAAAAUGCGCCUUGGAGAAGCAGAAAUCAAAACUUGACGAGGAACUGGCCCUUGUUUUUGAGAGAUUGAAAAUGGGAGAGAGUCAAUUGCUUGAGCUCAGUGAAAAAUGCAAAAUUUAUGAAAACACCAAUGCUCAAUUACAAUCAUCUUUCGACGCAGAUUCUGCUCAAAGAGACGAGGAAAAGUCCAAUUUGCUGGGCCAAAUAUCUUUAUUGAAGCAAGAAAAUGAAGAAAAUCGCCGGCAAAUUCACGCGAUUCAGCAAGAACGAGAUUCAACUGUAUCUAAAAUGAGACAGGAAAUCGAACAGCUGCAUUUGGUGUCGUAUGAAAGCAAGGAGCUGGCAGAUAGACUCGGCGUUUUGGAAAAUCAGCUUCAAGCGCAGACAUCAAAAAUGGAACUUGAAAAGAACGAUUUCGAGAAGACACGGCAAGAACUUGAAGUGCGAGUCCAAACAUUAACUCUUCAAAAUGAAGAACUGCUCAAAUCUCAGCAACCCAGCUCGACGCCUGUAGAUCCAGUAUUACAAUCGAAAUUGAUUGAGUUGCAAAGUCAGAACCAGUUCUUCGAGGGAAAGAUUAAUGAGCUCACUGACCUCAUUGAUUCGCAAAAGGCGCAAAUAAGCUACAUCAACGAUGAAAAGAACAACAUUCAAGAUGAACUUGCCCAAUUAUCCGCUGCCAAGGCCGCGGCUGAUCAAUUGCUGAGCUCGCAGCAUGCAGAAAUUGUACGGCUCAGCGACGAACAGACGGAGAAUGCGGAAUUCAUGGAUGAACGUGAACUGUUAACGCGAAAGCUUGCAGAACAAAAUGAUAUCCUCGUCAAACUUCAAUAUGCCAUCACUUCAGAAAUUGGCCAAGACUUACAGUCUGACUCUAGUUUCCGCGAUGAUCCCUCUUCGCCAAUAAUUGAUCGAAUUCAAGCAGCUAUUUCGGCAUAUUUCCGUCACCAGCAAAACACCACGAUUGAGCUGGAAUCUGCAACUGAGAGUCUCAAAAAAUUAACUCUAGAGCGUGACCGAAUCCAAAAAGAAUACCGCGAAGUUUCUGAACAACUGGUAGAUCUCCAAAAAGAACGCGAGUCUUCGGGCGGUCAGUUCAUCCCUUCGCAACGAGAUUAUUUCUACUCUGAGUCUUCGCAAGGAAAUCAAGGAGACGCUGGAUUUAGUGAGGCUUUAGAAGAAGCGAUCCACCAUGAACGACAGAAAUUUAUCGGCGAGAAAGAAUCUCUUCAGCAUCGAGUCAAAUCGUUAGAAGCACAAGUCAACAACCUUGAAAACUUACUCGAAGAAGCGGACAAAGAACAAAGUCGAAAUCAAUCACAAAAUCAGUCGUAUUCAAACAAUAUUCAUUACGAGCAGCAGAAGCAAGAAAAUAUAAAUUCUAAUAACAACAACUUUUACUCACAUCAAGAACCCCAAGAAAACAACAAUAAAAAUCAGCCCGAGGAAAUUCAGAGUUUCAGAGGAUUUGAAGAUGCUCCAAGUUCAAACUUUUUCACUCCUGAUACAAACCCCGAGCUCAAGGACAAUCAAUUCGAUAGCUUCGAAGAGCAGGAUACCUCAACUGUUCAAAGUUUCUUUAAGCCCACCGACGAACCUCCGCAAGAAAUUGCUCCGACUCAACAACCGACCGAUAGUUUUGCUGAAACAACUGCGGAACAGCCCAAUUUCUUUACUCCAAAUGUCGACUCCAGUCAUCAAGAGACUCAACAAUUCGAGUCAUCGCACGCUCCAGCGCAAACAGUUUUCACACCGGCUGAAAAUGUCAAAAAAGAACUCCAAGGAUCAAGCUUCUUUACUCCAAAUGUCGAAGAACCGUCUAUGCCGGCAUUUUCACAAGCUCCUGAAACUGUUGAAAACAGUUUUUUCCCGAGUCAAUCCGAAAAUAAUACCGGAAAUUUCUUCGUCCCUAACUCUAGCGAUCAAGACAAAUUAAACAACAACUUCAUCCAAGAACCAGCUGCAGCGCAAUUUCACCCAGUCACUGAUAGCUUCCACGAAAAUCAAAAUACACCGAGUUUUUUUACGCCAACCAUGGAAACACCACCAUCUGUUCAACCAACCGAGCCUCCCAGCUUCUUUGUUCCGAAUUCCGCUCAAGAACCGGCCGCUCCCCCUCCUCAAGAAAAUUUCAGCGGAUUCCUGAGCUUUCCGGAAGAACAGACUUCUCAAGACCAAAUGAGUUUCUUCAAACCAAACGUUGAACAAUCUUUUGAUGCUCAAGGUCAAAAUCAAUCAUCGGCAUUCGAUAGUUUCUCCGAAUCAACUCCUCAAAAUUCUAAUUCUAUGGUCGAAGAAGAAAGCAGUUUCAGUUCGGCAAGCAAAUUCUUUAGCUAA